AUGGCGUUUUACACAGACGAACAACAAAUCUGGAAAUGUCAAAAACAUCCUUCAAAGCGGCGAACAACAACCACCGGUAUCUGCCCUACAUGUCUCCGUGAACGCCUCCUUAAACUCUGUCCAGAAUGUUCCAACACUCGCCCAUGCUCCUGUUAUCCACAACAUUCCAUUUCCACCUCGUCUUCCUCCUCGUCUUCUAUCGCUACAGAACAAGCCACACGCAUGUCGACUCUAAUCGACCACGAGCCUCCCUUUCAGAGAUCAAGGUCUCUUCUCGCGGUCCCGAUAAGAUCAAAAUCGAAGAAAGAGUUGGUAGAAGUAGAUAAGAAGAACACACCAAGUGUUAGCUGGAAUAAAAUUAACUUCUGGUCGGUUUUCAAGAGGAGUAAAACUAGAAAGUAUGAUUUGCAUGAUGAUGAAUCGAAUAAGGGUAGUGUUUCGGGUGGAGGAAUGGAAGAUUAUUCAAGGAUGAUGAGGUCCAGAUCAGUUGCUGUUGGUGCUGGCGACAGUUUCACCACGAAGCGUCGGGGAUGGCAUCUCCCCGGCCCCAUGAAGGCGUUCCGUCAUUCGAAGACGUCGAAAUUACAGGUACAUGACCGGUCACCCGUGCAUAGAGGGUGA